UUCUGUCCAGCCUGAGCCAGCCCUGACCACAGCUGGGCAUCUGCCAGACCCUGGCUUCUCUGCUGGGAAGAGCGGCCAGCGUGUGUGCGGGGGCGGGUGCAGUGCAGGCGGGUGGAGACCCAGGUCCUCGCACAAACAAGCUUUGGAGACAAACAACCCCGUGACCCUUUGAGGCUGGUGAGACUCCAAGAAAGGGUCUUGGGACUAAACCCCACAGAAGGGCCACCCGAGACUGAGGGAAGUCCAGAGAAAGACCCCAGACCGAAAGCCUCCUCCCAGACGGAGGCAUCUCCAGACUGGGGGACCAACGCACAGGGGUCCCUGAGACAUGGACACAGCAAAAGGACCCCCAGACUGCGAGACCUAGAGAGGAAGGGGCUUCUGGAAGCGCACACUCCUGCCUCCUUACGCUGAGGCCAGCCCCGUGAGGACGCCAGCUCCAGCUGCAGGGUCCCGAUGGCAGCCGAGCCACUCACUGAGCUGGAGGCGGCCAUUGAGACAGUGGUCAACACCUUCUUCACCUUCGCAGGGCGGGAAGGCCGGAAAGGCAGCCUCAGCGUCAAUGAGUUUAAGGAACUGGUCACUCAGCAGUUGCCUCACCUGCUCAAGGAUGUGGGCUCCUUAGAUGAGAAGAUGAAGAGCUUGGAUGUGAAUCAGGACUCCGAGCUCAAGUUCAGCGAGUACUGGAGGCUGAUUGGGGAGCUGGCAAAGGAGAUGAGGAAAGAGAAGGCCCUGGAGAUCCGGAAGAAGUGAAGCCAGCUGGUUGGGAUGGGGGCCGGCAUGGCAUGGCUGGGUUGAACCCCACUCCCUUCAAAUAAAGCUUUCUCCC